AUCACUUCACAUACCCUGUGAGCUCUCAGUCUCACUCCGCUAUUAACAAUCAUCCAACCAUGUCCACCAGCAAUCACCACCCAUUACUUCACACUCCCUCUCACAAGCCUUCCCACCAUAAGACCCUCUGUCUGAUCCUCUGUGCAGCGGCGAUAAUCCUUGGCUCCUCUGCCCUGCUUGCUGUCCAUUUCAUCAAGACCGGCCCUCCCAGUAUUCCUAGUCCUCUUAGAAAUGUAUGCCACAAGGCAGUGGACCAGGGGUCGUGCCUGGCUCUUAUCUCGGAAGUGGUGCCGUACGGUGCAGCGUUGUUUGAGAAUGAUCCCAGGAGUUUACUUGAGGUGUUCGUGAAGAAGUCGUUACUGCAGACCCAGAAGGCUGUGGAGGAGGCCAGGGAUGCCGGUCGGAAGAUCAAUGACCCCAGAGAGCAGGCUGCUCUAGGGGACUGCGUGGUACUGCUGGAGAUGUCCAUGGACCGGAUGCGCGAUGCCAUCACCAGCCUCACGAAGUCGGAUGCAGAGUCCCAAGCCGAUGCCCACACGUGGCUGAGCAGCUUGUUGACAAACUAUGUCACUUGCUCAGAUGGCCUGCAAGACUCGUCAGUAGCAAUGAAGCCUAUAUUGGAAGACUUGAUUUCCCGAGCCAAAGCCUCUCUGGUUAUGUUCGCUACAACGUUGCCUCCAAAGCCCUCUGAGACUUUAAUUGAGCACUUGGCAGGGCAGUUCCCGUCAUGGGUCACCAGCGGCGAUAGGCGACUUCUUUCCGCCAGUUCUGUGGAAGCAGCUGUCAAGGCCAACGUGGUGGUGGCCAAGGAUGGAAGCGGAAACUACAAGACUGUGAAGGAAGCAAUAGCCUCGGCUCCCGACAAAGGGACAAACCGGUAUGUUAUAUAUAUCAAGAAAGGCACAUACAAGGAGAAGGUUGAGGUGGGGAAGAAGAAGACCAACGUCAUGCUGGUCGGUGACGGGAUGGAUCAGACGAUUAUCACUGGCAGCCUCAAUGUUGUUGAUGGGGCAACGACAUUCAAUUCCGCAACUGUUGCUGUUGGUGGAGACGGGUUCAUUGCGCAAGACAUAUGGUUCCAGAACACAGCCGGGCCAGAGAAACACCAAGCAGUUGCUCUUCGGGUAAGUGCAGACAAGUCCGUCAUCCAUCGCUGCAAGGUAGACGCUUACCAAGACACUUUAUAUACGCACACUCUUCGCCAGUUCUACCGGGAUUGCAGCAUCACUGGAACUGUUGAUUUCAUAUUUGGCGAUGCUGGCGUCGUCUUGCAAAAUUGCAAGCUUAUUGCCAGGAAGCCCAUGAGCAAGCAGUCCAACAUGGUAACUGCCCAGGGCAGGACUGAUCCCAACCAGAACACAGGCACAUCGAUCCAGAAUUGCCAGAUUAUUGCAAGCUCCGACCUAGAGCCAGUGAAGGCCUCAAUCAAAUCUUACCUAGGGCGGCCAUGGAAGGAAUACUCAAGGACCAUUGUAAUGCAGUCCAAUAUCGGUGAUCAUAUCGACCCUGCUGGAUGGUCGGUUUGGCAGGGAGACUUCGCACUCAAGACGUUGUACUAUGGGGAAUACAUGAACAAGGGGCCUGGCGCCGGGACUAGCAAACGAGUCAACUGGCCCGGGUAUCAUGUUAUCAAGAGUGCAACUGAGGCGAAGAAGUUCACAGUGGCUGAGCUAAUCCAAGGAGGGCAGUGGCUGAAGUCCACCGGAGUGACUUACACGGAAGGGUUGUGAUUUAUGAAUGUGGAAUUAGGGUCGUAGGUGGAGGAAUUAAUUUUCAAGUCUUGAAUCCGAAUUUUGCUUUAAAUAAAUUCUAGUAUGUGGCACUCUUUCAUGUAAGAAACAGUCUGUGUUCGAAGUUUCUAAUUUGAGUAAAAUUAUGCACAUGUUUUCGGUUAACAUA